AUGUCUUUACCGUGUCUGCAUCUCUUAUUCUAUAUGAAACAUAUUGAUCAGUUCAAGGUUGAUGAUACGCUGAUAGCUCCAAGAUGGUUGCAGCAUUCAACUGUCAGCAACAUUUCAUUCGAUCCUAUUCAACAAAUGAACAGCACAACAAGAACAAACAAAAGUGAUGCUGAUGAUGGUACUUGGUCAGAUAAUCAAUCAGACUUCGAUAAUGAUGAAAAAUCAUCGAUGACUCAAUGUGAAACUGGUAUUGUCCUGACAGUGGCAGAUAAAAAUCGAUUAUCUUGGAAUCAAUUCCAUGUAAUAAAUAAUUAUUUAACUCAAUUAGGUACACCUGAAUUUUACGAACGCCUCAACGAAUUAAAGAAAUUCCACAGUUUAUUGAGCAAGAAGCAACGAAGCUCACCAAAAGCUAAUUUUGCGGAUGCGGUACCAAAAACUUUAUUUACCAUUCAACGUACCGUUCAUCCGCGAGGGUUAACAACACCGUCGCACCAGUCGCCAGUUUCUGCAACAUUUAAUGGUAUUAUUUCAUUACAAAGAAAGAAAUUAAAAUCAGACCAGGAUGAAACAACUGAGCCAGAAUCAAUAAAAACAGCAAAUAACAACAUUACGAAGAAUAAUGAUAAUCAGUUAAACAUGAGCCCGACAAAUCAGCCAUCAGUGCAACCUGACAGUGUCGAAAAAAUCGAUCUAACGGAAGAACAUCAAACAAAUUCUGUAAUUUUAAUUGAAAAAAGUGGAAAU